AUGCUCGACGGCAGAGGCGCUCCAGCCCGACGUGUGGUAUUUGGAUUUGACACCUGCGCCCGCAUCGGCCUGUCAUUCGCGUGGCAGGAAGCCCAAGUCAUGCUUAACUACCUGACAGCGCUGCACGAUCCGUGCUCGCGUGAGGCGUUGGCGUAA